AUGCCGAAUACCCGAUCCACCUCCGAUGCCCACUCCUCUAGCAUCGACCAGCUAACCGCCGCCUUAGGCAACCUUCUCACACGCACAUCUCCAGUGGCCCUGGAUUCCCCUAAACCCCCAAUAUACGAGGUCGGCGACAGCUUCUCGGACUGGCGAGUUCAGGCCGAACGCUACCUGGUGCAUUUACCGGCCGACCAACGAAUGGCCCAUAUUACGGGUCUAUUAGGUCCAACCGCCAAAAGACGCCUAAAUUAUCUGUGCGUCUCACCCCCUACAACCAUCAGCAACCUAUGGGCAUCGCUGGAAAGCCUUUUCGGUGCCCAGGAACCCCUUAUCGCCCUCCACAACCAAUUCUGCCUCCGCACACAACUGCCCGGUGAAAAUGCGGACUGCUACCUAGACGCCCUCUUCAGUCUCGGUAGCAGGGUCUUCCCAGACUCCCAAGUCUCUGACCAGGUCUUCUUACGAUUCGUGGGCGGUCUCCGUUCAGAAGACAUCAAACGGGAGUUUCGCAUCCGACCCCCUGCAAACCUUCUCACAGCCCUACAAACGACAAGGAUAUUCGAGUCCGCCCCACCACAACAAGAACCUCGCCGUGCUCCUAGCAGUCCCCAGGGGCAACUCAGACUAUCCGAUCGAAGACCGUCUUUCCCUCGUGCGACCAACAACACGAACGACUGCUGGUACUGCCAGCAAUUCAAGGAUCGUGCUCGCAAGUGCGGUCACAACAACCCUGCCGGUAAGACCCCUCCCACUAUCUUGCCCUCUCUUUCUUCCUCGCUACCCACAGAUCUCCCGCUGACAGUCACUGGCACACUUGAUGGAACCCCCGCCACCAUACUUAUUGACACUGGCGCCAUCCGGUCUGUGUUGCGGUCUCCCCAUAUUCCCAUUACACACUCCCCUCCUUCAGACAUUCAGUUAGUCACAGCUGAUGGUUCACCCCUGCGUUGCACUGGCACACGGCAAGUAUCCAUUGUCCUCCCCAUCUGCACUGCCGUACAUCCCAUGCUAGUCUCCCCGGACAUUAGAGUUGACGCCAUUGUCGGGUUAGACUUUCUCCGCGCCCACCAGCUUAUCAUCGACCCCAACAACCCGGCCGCAGUUCUGCUUUCCAGAUCAGCCAUCUCCAACAUCUCCGUGGAUGUCAGUACGCUAGACACUACCCCACCAAACGAACCGACGUCCAUUGACGAUCUGUUGACCCGUCAAGAAAUCCCCGUCACCUACCUCCGUCGCCUAAAGGAUACCCUUCUCCCAUUCCAGAGCGUGUUCACCUGGGCUGGACAACCGAUCGGGCGCACUGGACUGGUUCAGCAUGCCAUAAACACUGGUACCGCCGCACCACAACGACAACCCGCUCGCCGAAUUCCCAUCCAUUACCAAACGGAGCUUAACAGCAUAAUUUCAGACCUCCUUGCGCAGGGUAUAAUUGAACCCUCCAACUCCCCAUGGGCUGCCCCGGUUACGCUUGUUAAGAAAAAGGACGGACACCUACGGCUAUGCCUCGACUAUCGCCAGUUGAACAAAGUCACCGUGCGCGACUCGUUUCCGAUCCCGCGUAUUGAUGACACUAUCGACGCAUUAGUCGGUGCGUCUUGGUUCGCCAGCCUCGACCUCUCUCAUAGUUACUGGCAGAUAGAGGUCCGACCGGAGCACCGUCACAAGACGGCGUUCAUCCUCCCCACCGGGCUCUACCAAUUUAACACUCUGCCCAUGGGUCUUGCGAAUGCCACAGCCACGUGUCAAAGGUUGAUGCAGCUCGUCCUGAGGAACCUAUUACCACAGUCCUGUCUCGUCUAUUUGGAUGACAUUAUUAUCCACGGCAAGUCCGUCAGCCACCUCCUCCAAAACUUGAGCCUAGUACUCCAAGAGUUACAGACAGCAGGACUUACGAUCAACCCCAAGAAGUGCCAUUUCCUACAACGACAAGUGAGCUACCUUGGACACGUAGUAGACGAAACUGGCAUCACCCCUAAUCCGGAGAAAAUUCGGCAGGUACUCGACUGGCCGACACCACAAUCACAAACGGAUGUACGGUCGUUCUUGGGAUUGGCUUCCUACUACCGUCGUUUCAUUUACGGUUUCGCGAAUAUCGCCCUUCCGCUACAUCGCUUAACGGAAAAGGGUCGUUCUUUUGUGUGGACGGCAGAAUGUACACAAGCCUUUUUAACCCUCAAAAACGCCCUAACUUCCGCCCCCAUCCUUGCGCUCCCAGAUGGUGACGUGCAAAGCCCACCCUUCAUCCUCGAUACUGACGCCAGCGGAUUUGCUAUUGGCGCAGUGCUCAGCCAGAUCGCUGCGGAUGGACAUGAGCACGUAAUAGCGUACGCCAGUCAAUGUUUGGACAAGGUGCAACGGCACUACAGUACCACACGGCGGGAAAUGCUAUCCCUCGUCACCUUUGUCAAAAUUUCCGACACUUGCUGCUCGCUAAACACUUCAUCGUCCGCACCGACCACCAAGCCCUCAAAUGGCUCCGGAAUUUUAAGGAUGCAGAAGGACAAGUCGCCAGAUGGCGGGAGCUACUUGAAGAAUUUGACUUUGAAGUUCAAUAUCGCCCUGGGAAACGUCACAGUAACGCCGACACUCUCUCCCGUCCACCACUCCCCCCGACGAGGACACCGAACGACGCCUUUCCUGUGGCAGCUAUCCAAAUAUCACAGGCAGCCCAGGAGCAAUGGGCUCAAAUGCAAGCGUCCGAUCCCAAUGUAUCCCUCNCCCCCGUUUCCGUACCCCUUUAUUAUCUAACCCGUUAUUAUAAUAGUAUCCCAUUCAGACUAUAUUCUUCUAAUGUUUGAUGUGUGGCGUCUGCAUGCCGAUCACUGACGUACUAAUACUCAGUCCCCCGUAGGUCGUCACAAGGGUUUAGCGGCCGGUGCGAGAAGGGUGAGCGGUUUGGGUGCGUGAGCGGCUCUGAAUAUGUUGAGUGAGCCCGUAUAUGCCACAAAUCACGUACAUCCAAAUAUGGUAGAAUAAGAAUCAAAUGUGUAUGAACGUUACAUUAACGGCAUUCAAUUAGUGUUAUCAGUAAAUAACAGUUUACAAUAUAUUCCUAUAGGAAUACGUAAAGACGCCGCACUACAGGCUGGCCGGUAUUUAGAAAAAUGUUCCAAUUAACCAGCAAGAUGACUGGCAGGGAGUGUAGCGCCGGCGGCAGCCAUAGGAGAAGAUCGCGCUAUAUCUGCCUACCUAUUCACCUAUAUAGGUGAAUAGGUAGGCAGAUACCUAGAUAUCUAUAGAUGUAUCUCCCUUAAGGGAGAUAGAUGCCCGCCUCUGCAAAGGGGAGUCAAGGAAGCCGACCGUCAACAGCGCAAAAGGUCACACCGACCUCGUCCUUGCUCGAAGUGUCGUUCUCAACAAUCGAAAUAAAACCCUUGUUUGGGUUGUGCGUUACAAUCUGGUGACGGCCUACAUGGACCCUGGUAAAAGGGUGUCGGGGGCGUCUGCGUACAAACACAUUGACUAGCUUUGAUAGUGAAAUAGAAGGUGAAAGUAGUGUUUGAGCCAGACACGGUAGGACGAUGAGAAGAAAUAAUGAGGAUGACGGGGAAACGCUGCUGGCAGGGAGUUGGAUUGCAAAAAGGGACUCCCGAAGAAAUCCCCAGCUUCUAACACAUUACGCAAAGAGAGCAGUGUUACGAACGCCACGUCUAGUAGGUCGCGUUUCCAUCACCUGACCGCAAUCGAACCUUUCCUACUGCAAGUUAUUUUUUUCCCUUACUCGUCUAAGCCUCGCUGUGUUCAAGAUGUCAUCCAAUUGUACAUCUGGUCCAUAUUCGUAUUAUUAAUAUUGAAUCUUCAUGAAUGGUGUGUGACGUACGUUCCUCUCCGUAUCCGAUUCUCCUAGUCGCUAACCUUUCCGAUCAGCAUUCGACUUAGCGAGCUUUUAUUUUAGCACUCGGAUCUAUCUCUAUAGAAGCGGUCAUAAUAUUAUUUAGAAAACCGUGUCCCCCGAAACCUGGUUGAAAAAUACCAUUACUACGUCCUUUUAUAAUUUCACUCCUAUCCUCUUAACAGUAGUCGUGUUUGCGACUGAAAUGUCUAUUAAGCGGAAGAAUUGUAUCUUGCAUCUGGCAGUGUAGCUCCUCAACCUACAUUUAUUUUUCUGGCUGUCUGUCUUGACCAUGCUAUGUGUUUCCAUUGCAAAAAUCUGACCUGUUUUGUUGAAGUAAGUGUGGGAAAGUCGUGCGAUUAAAAUUUUUACCGCAUUUUAGAUCAUACUGAUCUCUUAAGUUUUAAUUCGACUGAGACACACGAGAUUGCCCGAUAGGACCCCCAGUUCAUCCGCUAUCUACUUCCUUGGCACUUUUCCAGCCAGAACAGUAAGCCCUACUAAAGACUGUCUCCGUAAGACCACUGUUAAGGACCGAUGACUGCGUUUUACACGGUGACUGUAUUCAUAUACAUCAACACACUGCUUGCAUUAUAAUCUACGAUAAGGGAAGUUUAGCUUACCUAUCUGCUGGUUAAUGCUAACCCUCAUUUUAUGCAACAAUAUCUCUGUUUACUUUCAGAUCUCGCGAGCGAAAUGGUAGAAGAGGACAGUCCGAAGAUUGACUACGACAGUCUACCACUGACUCCGACGUGUCUGGUACCUUAUGGGCAUCAGAUUGGAGGUCAUGGUACCGGACAUUCGAGCGAUUCUAAGGACUAUCAGCGUAUGUUUCUUUGCGCUGUACGUAAGCUAAUAUGCCAUGAUUUUCUGCAAUAAAUCAAAACCAUGCUCCACCCCCUCACAAUAACAGAGAUGUCUGCAAUUCUCAAGUUAUUUACUUACAUUGUCGUCCAGAAGUAGACAAUUUAUCGACUGUGAAUAAAUAGCGACAAUCUCGGAUUUGCUAACCGACCAUUUCUUUCGACCAAUCAUUGUUCUGUAACGUGUACGUCCAUAUCCGAUUUAGCAGGAGGAUGCAGAUGGCCUUCGCAGAAGGUAUUUAUUCUGUUCAGGGCAUCAAUCUGCGUGUUAAAUCGUACCUGAGAGGGUAUAUCGUCGCGGUCUCAAAUGGCUCGGCAGCCCCCUUUACUCGCCUACAAGCUUUAAUUUAGAAACGCGUGCUUUACUGUGGUGACGUGAGAGCGUUGAUUUCGGUGCUGUAGUUCCUCUGAUUUGCACAAUCGCUUUUCGCAUAUGCAUGCCAACCUCUUUUCUUGCAUCCGUUUCCAACGGAAUUCACUUCCGCUGCGCUACUCCCAAUUUGACUGAAGCUUGUCCUUCGCUUUCUUAACCUCAGCUCCAUCCCAUUCUCGUUUGUAGUAUUGCUACACCCUGCGACCAAUACUAUAUUCAAGCCCCUACAGAAGGGAUCGAGGGGACUGAAAGAGGUCGACUUCUAUCUUCGCGCUUUCGCGCCGGACGCCCCUCCUUCGCUAGUUAAUCUACGACCGUUCCUCCCAGCCUUUCACGGUUUGUAUCGGUCAAGCGCUGGAGGUGUGUAUCUAUUUUGAGUCAAAUUUGAUUGGCAAACCCCAUGAAAGUAGCUUUUGACCUUAGUUCUAACAUAAGUGACAGUUAAUUUUUCAAUACGCACUAUAUGAAAUAGGAAAACUUGUAUAGCCGGAAUAAUUAUCUCCGGGAGACGUCCAACUGCCAACCUCCCGAACUUUGCGUUGCCUAACCACAAGGGCAGGCACCUCGACUGUAUUUCAGUUGUGGUGCAUUCGUUAUUAAUUUCGGUAGGUCUGCAAUUCGACCCCAUCCGCCGACAGCUUUUCCGGCCUCGAAGGUCUUUUCUUAUCGCCUGUGCCAAACAAACAUUUACGGAUAACAUGCCUACUCGUGUGUAUUAAGUAGCCCAUUUAUUGAAGGUUUAAUUUCAUUGGGCUCGGUCGCGAUGCGAUCCCCUCGCCUCCGAAUAUUUAUUUUAGCGGUAAACCUAAAAAACGGAGGAGAUGCUGGCAACCGCCGCUUCAGACUUAUUGAUGUCACCUUUGGCCAAUCGUACCCCCGAUCAACACACGGGAGCUCAUGUACGGCGCUCAUGGUUCACAGGCGAAAUCAAACCCUACUAUAAUAGCCGAAGCUCCAGCUGUGUUUUCCAUCAGUCUGUCACCACUCGAGUAAAGCGGACGGAUAUUAAUCCCACCAUGGCUUAGACAACACUGAUUGGCCUUUUCAGAGCGUUGCGAUCUGUCAGAAAAAAAAUCGCAACUUGAGAGGCAUACAUAAAUGCCGCGGAUAAAAUAAAGCCAGUUAGUUCUCUAGGAGAGGAGGUUGAGAAGGAGUUGCUUUCGAAAUGAAUGAUAAACCUGAUGCGCAUGCCCCUUGCAGCAGCAACAACCUUUAUAGGCAGUGCGAAGAAGAGGACACUUUAGUAGUACCGAGGAGCGCGGUGUCAUCCUGCCUCCAAUGCUUCAGAAGAAUGAGCACACCAGUUCGGGGAGAUCAGCUUUGUUCACUUACUUUGGGGAGGCAUUUUUUGCCUCUGCCGUCGCAACCUUGCCGUUGCAGGCUUGUCGGCGACCCUGCCAAGUCUAGCGAACGUCUGGGCCAAAACGAAGGGCCCUUCUUGCAAAUUGCGAGUGAGAUUCACUUAACCAGCCACUGUGAUCAGUGUCUACAAGCUGCAAACCUGGCAGCGGCUGGCCAGAAUUGCGUCUAUUUCGGUCGAUGCUUACUCGCCGCGUCUAUUGUUGCAGUCUGAGUGGUUAGGCGCUCUACUUUCUUCUCCGUACAAAAGAGCUUGUGAAUCAGUUACAUGUAUAGCUGACGUCAAUAAAUCUGCCCUACUUGCUGAAGGAAACACGGGAGGAUCCCGUGUGACUCAGCUGGUGGAGCGUUGGCCUGUGACCGCGGGGUUGGCUGACUGACGAUGACUGACAAGUCAGAAACGGCAAUCACAGUCUCUCUCUCUCCUUCUCUCGCCUUGCUGGCAAUACCUCCAGGGUUGUUUUAGUACAUUCCGUCAGGCGAUGUUUAAAUGCGUCACUUUUUUCGUCCUAAUCCCAUUUUAUCGGGCACACCGCUGGAGACGCCAGAAGUGGUAAACUGCAGGUCUUCCUAUGGUCUCUUUUCACCUUCCCUCGGAUGUUUGUUUCGCGGUUUCAUUAUUUUUAGAGUUGCGAAAAUUCCCAUAGCUGUAGCCAAAAGAUGAGGUGACGAGCAUACGUAGCUUUCGAUAAAUUCUCAUCGGGCCAGUACAGUUAUAUGGGAACGGGGUAGAAGUAAAACAUGUCAGCGAUGAGAUAAAUCGAUAAAGGUCCUCCUUAAAACACAGGCGGAGUGUGGGAAUGAGAGGGAGGGGAGGGGUGUUAUAGCAGUCACUGUCAGGGGCGGGGUGAGAGCGGAAGGGCGUGGAGAGUUGCAGCGUUAAUCGUCCUUCGACCACUGUAGGCGCGGAGCCUGAACGUGGUUCUUCUGUGUGCAUAAGAUUGGCUUUCGUAGCCUAGUGGCGGCCGCUUCUGCUGUCGCUGACAGGCGCUGACCUAGUAGCUUAGGGUAGCUCGAUGAGACCUUAUAAAUCACGCGAAAGGCUUCGUUGGGGUCCACACGAUGUCCGGAAUCGACAACAUGCGCGAGAUUGGCACUGCUUAUGCUCCUCGUUUCGCCUUUUCCCAACCAUGGCGGGAGGUGUUCCCGAAUUCUCUUGGAUAAGCGCCGACUCGUGCGACCACUAUAACCUGCUCCACAGGAGCAAGUGAAGGAAUAUAUGCACAUUGAGGUGGUCUGCGGUGGCAACUUAUCCUUACCUUCUCCGCGUAAAAUAGGGUUAGUAGAGAAGGAUAUUUAAGCCCUUGCGACUGGGAAGGUUCGCGAGACAGCUUGAUCAUAGCGCCUCCUUAGGAGUUCACUCGCAGCGUCCCCUUGAAAAGGGACUUUGAGGAUCAAAGUUUUCUUUUCGGCGCACAUUAUUUUUGACGCUGUAAACACAAUACUCCCUUUCCACAUGUUGCUGCGCUGUCAAGUCGAAAAACACUGUUUACUGGCUGCGAAUCAGGAAUAUUAGGCAGACCAAUUGAUAAAUUGAGGGCGCCAACAGCGGUAGCCCUUGGGAGUCGAAGAUGACCCUUGUCACUGCGUGUGUUUGUGAUUUACUUCACGAUCCUUAGUUGUAGCUACUAGUAGGCGUAUUACAACUUGACCGUUGUCGUUGCUAUCGCUGUUGGGAGUAGUGCGUGCUGGCCUAGGACUCCGAACGCCAUAAGGAUAGGCAAACCAGCAUGGCCCCUUCGUCGUUAGAUGUAUAGUGCGUGACCGAUCUUAUGAAAUGUUGGACAAAAUUCUGGAAUGCGUUUCCGAUGAGGAAGGAUUACUUAAGUAGGGUUAUUAUGCCGAUUAUCAUGCAGCAUAACCCUAUAAAAUUUCGGACUCGCCAGGAUGUCGGCUUUUGAGUGCACUUCUUUUUGGCCCCUGCAGAAGCCACACUCGGCAGAAAGUGACUACUUAAGUAGUAUGCAGUUUUCCUAUUGAUUUGCGAUAGUCAUAAAUUCAAAUAUAUUUUGUGGAAAACAUGCACAAAAAUGUGCUUUCUUUUGCUCAUUUGGUAGGAACUCACAUUGUAUUUAUAUUUUAUGCCCGAAGAAAGUGCUUAUUUAGGUUUUAAAAAAGUUUUUAAUGAUGAGAUUUUUAAGACCGCGCGAUGCCCAUGCAUAGAAGACCGCACAUGUCCGUUUACUAAUGCUUCUCAUGAAAUGUACAACACAGUCCGGAUCCAUCGUAAAUUUCAUGAAUUCUAUGUGAUAUCUUCUUAAAGGCGUAGAGGAGUGUAUGAUUUUCCUUACGCGGAAAGCAUGCACCUUGUCGACUGAAAUUGCUAAACGCUGAUGCAAUGGCAGAUCAGGCUGAAGAUUAUUCGGGAAUUUGGAAACUUUUUUAAAACCUAAAUAUAUACUUUCUUCGGACAUAAAUAUAAAGACAAUGUGAUUUCCUACCAAAUGAGCAAAAGAAAGCACAUGUUUGUGCACGUUUUCUAUAAAAUAUAUUUGAAUUUAUAUGAUUAUCGAAAAUUAAUAGGAACAAUGAAUGCUACUUAAAUAGUCAUUGGGGUCGAAAAUGACCUUUGUCACUGCGUGUGUUUGUGAUUUACUUCACGAGCCUUAGUUGUAGCUGCUAGUAGGCGUCUUACAGCUUGACCGUUGUCGUUGAUAUCGCCGUUGGGAGUAAACAAUAGGAGUGAGUAGUGUGUGUUGACCCAGGGUUCCGAACGCCACAAGGAUAAGCAAACUAGCAUGCCCCCUGCGUCGUUAGAUGUAGUACGUCGAGUCGCGGUCGCGUAGCUCACCCCCGGGGUUGGAGCGUUGUGAGCAAUGUUGCUGGACUUCGUGUGAAUGUUGUUGUUGUUGUUGUUGUUGUUGUUGUUGUUGUUGUUGUUGCUGCUGCUGCUACUGCUGCUGCUGCUGCUGCUGCUGCUGGUAAAGUUGUCGUUCGUGGCGGUUGAACUGUUGUCGAAUUUUGAUGUUUCCUGAAAUUAAGCAGGAGACUUCAUCCGAUUGGCAACGACCAUGGGUCCUGUGUGUGUCGAUCAGUUCAUGUGUUGCCAUGUCUGGCAUCCUUGUUCGUUGCGUCCAGGGGGCAUCAGGCGAGCAGUUCCAGGCGCAGUCACUCGACCGACUUCAACUCGGACGCACACACGUCCACAGACUCGCAGCUGCCCAUGCGCCACCUGAUCAUACCACGCCCUGGAAACACACCAAGAGUUACGUGAACAGCACCAGUUGGACACCUCUUCAACUUGCCCCAUAAACCUGCAAAAGCAGCUGCCACCACAGUCUCAAGCCAACACUAGUCCUGGCUUCGCGGCGGCCGCUGCCACCCGAGAGGGCAUCCCCAUACACAGUAUAGCUCUCAUUCUCGCAACUUCUGUUUUUUUCUUACAACUCGGAAUUUUUCCUGAUGAUUGCAACGCUCUGCGUACACUUAUUUGCUAAACGUGCCCACUGUUUUGCCAAUGUUGGUGGUCAGCUCGGAGUUCUGCAUGUCCGAUUACUCUACAGUGGCAAUGCGUGCCCAGUCAGUCGUCCUUGACGACUUCGGUACGCGUCUAAAAGUUCCCGGCAAGCGUCUAUUGCCAUAGCAGAGAGUAUUAGGCUGAAGAGUGUUACAAAUGGUCCCUUACUUAACCCCACCCCGCUCGCCACAGCGAAAGAAUCCGAGGUCGAUCCGCUGUUGAGAACGUGGGCCUGCAUGCAAGCACUUUUCUGGACACCCAGAAUCCAUUUGGAGACCUUUGUCAGAUCAACGUACGUGCCGAAGCGGUCAGCCCUGUAGCACUUUGCUUGCAGUUUAUUGAACUGUGAGGAUGAUUUCAAUUGUCCUACAACAUUUGUGGAAUCCACACUUGUGUAUCCAUCAGAAGUCCGUUUUUCCUGCUUCGAGGCCAGGCAGGGUGAGUGUGACAACUUUUCUGAUGGUUUCGCGUUCGCUUGUAGAAGUGGAAAAUUUCCUAGCGUCCUUAAAGCCCUGACAUAUGAUUCCACAUUUUCUCCGUCCUCAGUAGGGGAUCGAGUUCAGCAACAAGUGCACCCUCAUGUUGUACCGAUCGACUCCUCCCUCUCCACCUUCCCCCCCCCUUCUUCACCAAGUUCAAGGUCAUUCUGUUGGUCUGUAUGUGCACGUAUGUCUACGUGGGCUUAAUCUGCACUUCAACCGCCACGUACAGGUGCAUGGUUUGCAAGAGGACCAUGGCAGAGGCGUGUGAUGUCACAAGUGUGGACUUUCUGUGCCUGUCAGAUUUCUUUAAAAUAUUCUUUAGACGGACUGAAGUAGCAGUUCGUAGCAUAUUUACCGUACGUAACUGGCACACCCUGGGGGGCCGGGAACACCUCGAUUUCGCAUCUGAGUGAGGUUGAGUAGUCCUGAUCGCGGCUGAAAAUUGGGAAUUCCAUGCUCUUUAUCCAUAAACGCUGGGGAGAUCAAACUGUUUUCGAGCUGCAUACCUCGCCUGAACACGAUACCCUUCGGGAUUAACAACUGUCAGUCGGAAUACUUCGGAACAGUGCUGCUUCCGAAUGGGACAGCGCAAAGACAGCAUUUUUUCCAUAGUCGCAGGCUUUUCACAAUCUUCAGACGGCAUCUAUGAUCGACGCGAUAUCACCAUCGUCACAAAGGUCCUCGUGUACGGGGCACCCGUCCAGUCAGUCCUCUACGGCCAUGAAUGCUGGAGGUGCUUGUCAACCGUUGCCUGGAAACCAUCCUUCGAGGGUGAAAUAAACUGACUUGGUUUCGAGGUAGACAGUCCGCACUGGCUGCGACAUCGCGGAGACAUCUUGGGCCAUCGAUGAAAGACGGCUUUGGACACGUUCGUCGCCGUCCGCCUCAUGAUCUAAGCGUUGUUGCCUUCGAUCCGACAUCGUUGCCCACCUGGAGGUGUCACCAAGACGUCGAAGUUGUGCUUGAGCCUUUUGUAUUGGGCCUCCGUCGCUGGAGGAGGGAAUGGGUGAGGCUGUUGCAGACCACUCACGACACCAUCGAGGUCGACUAAGUCAGACAUGAUCACAGCGUUACCAAGCGAUGCUGAUGAUGAUGACGACGACGAUGAUGAUGGUGCUGGUGAUGAUGAUGAUGAUGAUGAUGAUGAUGAUGAUGAUGAUGAUGAUGAUGAUGAUGAUGACAGAGUCAAGAACACCGGAGGCAGGGAGGGCGCGGGUAGAUGGUGGACCCGCAGCUUGGCGUUCCACCCUCCCCCCCUGGUCCACAACAAACACUUGACCGGGAUUUUGACCAACAACAACACCAGGAAAGAUGUGGAUGACUGGGCAGCCAUGUACCAAGUUCAAGUAGUAAGAUCGCAACGACAUUUCGACCGUUUUUGCUGACGUAGUCCACCGUGUGCACUAUAGCACGGUGCCGAAGGGACCGUAACUUGCGCGGGAUUUAGUUUUGUUAUAAUAGUGGACUUGCGAUACAUCUACUGCACCCUACCCCCCCACCUAGGUCCCGCGUCAAGACGAAGUCGAGAGGGCACAGGUGGCUGAAGCUGUGCCUAAGCGUGCCAGCUCGGAUCCCACGGAGUGGAAGUGCCAUAGAGGUCGCAUUAAGAAGGAGCCAUUGCAGCCUGACUCGUAGACCAUCGGUCGGCCGCUCUUCACACUGGGCCGACUGCGAGGUCCACGUUAUCCGGCCAGUUCACAACCUCCCAAGCCCCGGCCCUCGGCACACCGUGAUAGAUUUAAGCCUGUCAGGUUGCAUAUAGUGAGGAAAAUGCGCUAAGGCCUCGAUCUUGCUCCCUAUUCGCAUUCCCAGGCCCCAGUCCCUGUCCGACCCGGUCAGUGGUGUUAGUGACCUCAUCUGCGUGUGCCACAUAUACGACCUGCCCCCCUCCCGAGCACAAGUGUCAGGAUUUCGCACAGAUGGGGGUAUGUGUUUAUGGCUCAGUGGUGCAGCUCUGGACUGACCUCGGCUCAAGUCCCAGGCCUUCUCAGCCGGGAGUUGACCGGGUUGGCUGUCUGAUGACUGCGAAUAAACCAGAAACCGCUAUACCAGUCCCUCUUUUGUAGAAAGACUUUCUUGCUUAUUUACGGUUUGGCCCUCUGAUCGCUCAACUCCUCCCCCUCGUCUGUCUAGUCAUCUAUCUGGCCCUGGAGGACGUUCUGGCAUCCCUGCAGAAUCCCAGCGUCUGCGACCUCAAGAUGGGCACCGCUGCCUGCCCACCCGACGUGGAUGCGGCAAAGAUACGCUCCGAAAAUGCCAAGUAUGCACACCGCGCCACCGUCGGCUUCCUGCUCACCGGAAUGAAGGUAUGUACAGACCAUGGAUGCUGGAGGUUUUUUCCUUGUGUGAAAUGACGCCCUGCUACCGAUCGGCUUGAUUUGAAGACAGAGGCGGCUGUUUGACAGUCCUCUUGCUGGUGCCCGCCCGUCGGCUGACAUCGGUGGAAUCCAUAUCGGUGACAGAGACGGCGAGGCAUCAGUACAACCAGAUGCUCUACGAACUGAGCUACAUGGUCAGUUAAAAAAGGGUUCAUUUAGGUAGUUUGGAUGGCAGUCAUCCGAGGAAGUGGUAUUAAGCUGAGGGCUAACUUAACCUCCGCAGCUUUGAGUUUAAUGCCGAUUCUGUCUACUCCUGUCAACGGGGGGUUCGUGAACCCUGUCCUUACUCUGGCAUCUUUUUUGUGAACUUUUCCCUGCAGGUGUACGACGAGGAAAGGGGUGAACACCUCAGCGUGCCCCGCUACUUUGGCAGGGGUCUUGAUCUCGACGCCGUUUAUUGUUCCGGUACGUCCACCCUGAUCCUGCCUCUUCAACUGUUUACUUCUCUCCUCUCACCCUAAAAGCUCGAUCGUCAUAAGCGACGACUUCCACGCUCGCCGGCAACGUGCGUGUGAAUUAGUUUGUGGUGGGGCAGAUUUGCGCAUCAUCUACCUCUCCCCCCCCUCUCUCUCUCUCUUUCUCUCUCUCGCUCUCUCUCUCUCUCUCUCUCUCUCUCUCUCCUAUCUUGCACUAGUGGCAAAACGACGUUGCUGCGAAGAUCUUCGCUAUUGUCCUUCUAAGGCGAUUCCAGGCUGUGUGUGACUCAAGGACGGGGCCCAACCAAGCCGGAUUUCGUGCUGGACGUGGAUGCGCAGACCAGGUAUUCACCCUGAGGCGCAUUCUCGCAUUUCGCCAUAGCUACCAGCAACCGACGGCCGUCUGCUUCGUUAACUUUGCCGCCGCGUUCGAUUCCGUUCAUCGUGAGUCCCUGUGACGGAUAAUGGCGCUAGAUGGUGUACCGGCAAAAAUAAUCGCCAUGAUCAAGGCUUAUUAUCGCUCCACUAUUGCGAGAGUCCUGGUCCGCAACGAUCUUACCCAACCGUUCGGCUUUCGGUCUGGUGUCCGACAGGGUUGUAUCCUGUCACCCAUUCUGUUCAACUAUGCUAUUGACUGGAUCCUCGGGAGGGCCCUACGCGAGGGUGACGGCGUUGAGUUUGCACCCGGACACCGACUGACUGAUCUCGACUAUGCCGAUGAUAUCGCCUUACUUGCUUUAAGUUUUGGCGAUCUGCAGUCUAUGGUGUCACGGGUGAACGAGGUCGCUAAAUCGGUUGGUUUAUCCAUAAACGCUGGGAAGACCAAAUUGUUUUCAAGCUGCAUCCCUGACGUGGAGAGGGUACCCCUGGGGAUUGAUGGCUGUCAACUUGAACAAGUAGACAGUUUUAAAUACCUCGGGGCGAGGCUGCUGCCUAAUGGACAAAGUAGGGACGACAUUGUCUCCCGAAUUGAUGCUGCCCGCUGGGUUUUCCCAAAGCUUCGGAAAUGCCUAUGGAUCCGACGUGACCUCUCCAUCGCCACUAAGAUUCGUGUGUACCGUGCAUCUGUCCGGUCUGUCCUUCACACGGUUGUGAAUGCUAGGCUGUGCGCGUGGAGGACGAACAAAAACUGGAGGUAUUUGACCACCACUGUUUGAGGACCAUCCUUCGAGUGAAGUUCACCGACAUCGUCUCAAAUGAGACAGUCCGCGCUCGCUGCGACAACAUUGCAAGGAUAACCCAGGCCAUCCACGAAAGACGACUGAGGUGGUUUGGGCAUGCUCUUCAUCGUCCACCUCAGGAGCUCAGUGUUACUGCCCUCGAUCCGGCACCGUUUCUCCAUUGGAGGCGUCGAAGAGGGGAUCAGUUCAAAACCUGGAUCGGCACAGUUCGUCAAGAGAUGGAGGUGGUUCUUGGACCUUCGGUAUUCGGUCUACGUCGUUGGCGAAGGGAAUGGGUUGAGCUGUCCAGAUCUGCUGCCGCGGAUCGUCAUGCGUGGAGAGGUACAGUUCGGGACGUCAUCGAGGCCGGCUAGAUCAGGCAUGAUCGCAGCCGUAUCAAGUACAAGUACGGGGGGUGGCGCGGGCUGGUAGUUAAGCGGUCCCUCUACGCGUGCCACGCACGGCCUCGCCCCCCACAGCAUGUAGUAGGCUUCUGUCUAGGCGGAUGGGAUAUCAUAUGGGUGGGAACGUCUUAGGGGCCGCAUUGAGAAGCAGCCAUCGCGUCAAUUGACAGCCUUCCAGGACACGAUUCAAGCGCUGCAGAUUUAUUAUUAGCGAAGAAUGCGCUGACUUCUUCUCCGGCCUCAGCCUCACUCUCUCUCUCUUGUUUUCCUCUCAUGUAUCAGUCCAAGUCUCUCGAUCAAAUAGUGACGGGAUGGUGAGCACUGGUAGGGGAGGGGAGGGGGGACGCAUCGAUUGCGUCAAGGAACUAACUCCUUCCGCUGUGUCUCUCCGGAAUCCCACCAGCAGCCGUACAUCGGCGCGUAAUACAGGCAGGGCAACGAGUUCGUGGCUCAGUGGUUAGGGCGUUGGACUUCUUACCAACAGGUCGUGAUUUUGAGCCUCGGGGACUGCAUACUUUGUUAUGGCUGGCUGAUGAUGGCAAACAGGCCAGAAUUGGCCAUUCCAGCCGGUAAGGUUAUUGUGAGCAGCGACUUCCAGGGCUAAACACCCCGUCUAUGUGUGCCACACGCGGCCCGACGUAGGAGUUUGGCCGACUGUGGUUGCCUCCCCUCCCUGCUGGAGGCAGGUAAUCACCAAUUUGAGGUCAUUAUAGAGAGCGUCUACAAGGUUGUGUGACUCCGGCCGACACUCUUGGCCAGCUUCAUCACUGUACCGUCGUGGUUGGGCAGUUGGUUGUUGGGCGGUAAAGGAUCCGAUCGACGCCACAGACCUUCUUGAGGCCCAACCAUUACGCACAGAUUAUAACCCCCAGGCCGUCCAGAAACUCCGUUAAGCCGUCCCUCUCCGAACGGCGGUUGUGCAGGGCGGAUGGGUAGUGAGAUUAUUUGACAGACUUGAAGGUAGACUUCUCCGGCACACAGUGGGUCGAUAUUCAAGAAGUCUGCCGUGGGACCGGGGGGGGGGGAGAGGACUCCUGACUAGAUCGCAGUUGGUAGUCAGGCCCCGUAUUACAGGUGGCGGGAGUUUGUUUACUGGGGAUUUUUUGUGGGGCUACAUAAUCACAUCUGACCCAUUUGGCUUCCGUUUUACGUUUGAGGUUAGGAUUGGGGUACCGGUUAAGGGUGUCCGAUUUUCGGGUUAGGGUUAUGCCACUAAGGCUUAGGUUUUCGGGUUACGGUUAGGGUUUGAGUUUACGACUAGGUUUCAGUGUUACGGUUAGGUUUUAUAGUUAGGUCUAUGUAUAAGGGCUACGGUUACGUUUACGAUUUCGGUAAGGCUUAAGGUUAAGGUCGCCGCCCGCUUCCCCAUUCCGGACUCCUAACUGGAAUGCGGGCAACAUUCGCCAUGCCGUACUGACGGUGUGGUCUGUGACCUUUUUGCGGGCGACCGACUUGUCAGACCGGUCUCCAGCCAAACCUACGGGUAUCACCGUCUUAACUUUAGUGGUCGGUUUUGAAGUCGAGCCCCGCUGAAGGCCGUUUUACUGUCCGCGACCUGUGGCGGCGCCCCAUUCCACGCAGCCACGCAGUGAGGGGGGAUCACUGUCGCAGUUCCAGGAGCCGUCUACUGACAGCACUCAGCUUUAGCAACCUACCUCGCAGCUGUUCCGUCAGACCAAAACGUGGCCAAAGUGGUCCAUGCACGCGUCAGCCGAACUGUUAAUCGAUGUCCGGUUUCAAACUCAACGCCGUCACCAGUUAUUGUGAGCAGCGACUUCCAGGGCUAAAGAACCCGUCUAUGUGUGCCACACCAGGCCCGACGUGAUUGCUCUCCGCUGCUGGAAGCAGGUGAUCACUAAUUUGAGGUCAUUAUCGAGAGCGCCUACAAGAUUGUGUGACUCCGACCGGCGUUCUUGGCCAGCUUCAUCACCAUACCGUCGUCAUAGCCUGUUAUUGCGGGCAGUAAAUGAUCCUAUCGACGCAACAGGCCUUCGUGGGGUCCAACCACUGCGCACAGAUUAUAACCCUCAGACCAUCCAGAAACUCGUUAAGCCGUGGCUCGCCGAACGCAGUGAGAUUAUUUGACAGACUUGAAGGCAGACUUCUUCGGCACACAGUGGGUCGAUAUUCAAAGAGUCUGCCGCGGGACCGGGGGGGACUCCUAACUGGAACACGGGCAGCAUUCGCCAUGCCGUACUGACGGCGUGGCCCGUGACCUUUUUACGGACGACUUGCCAGACCGGCCUCCAGCCAAACCUACGGGUAUCACCGUCUUAGCUCCAGUGGUCGGUUUUGAAAUCGAGCCUCGCUGAAGGCCGUUUUACUGUCCGCGACCUGUGAGGGCGCCCGAUUGCACGCAGCCAGGCAGGUCAGUCUUCUGGGAGGGGGGGGGUCACCGUCGCAGUUCCAGGAGCCGUCUACUGACAACACUCAGCUUUAGCAACCUACCUCGCAGCUGUUCCGUCAGACCAAAACGUGGCCAAAAUGGCCCAUGCACGCGUCAGCCGAGCUGUGCGCUGAGGCUGGAGGCUCAUGUCUGCCGGCGCGUUCAGUUCCAUCAUCCACCGGCAGACAGGCGCCGGGGCAUUCCUCACUGCUAACAAAUCUGACGCUCCCUAAACCUGUCGCAACACGCGCUAUCCGCCGUCGUGGCCUGAAGGGCGGUCAACUGACGGGUCAAAUUGCCGUAGCUCCUUUUUGAUACGAGCCCGUUAGACGGUGGCCUCAAGCCACACCAGUUCACUGCACCCAAUCCCGGCUGGGCUUGUUGCGUCUAAAGCAGAGGAUGUACUCAGGAGCGCCAUAAUAAUCACGGUUCAAUCCAAUUAUUGGAGGAUAAGGGGAAGGUCACCAGUAGACGUCGUGUAUUUUGCUUGUUGGCGACCGGCUUAGCGCCUCUGUCCGCUAGGGUGAUGCAGGCGUCAGUGAAUAAACGUCACGUGCGAGUCAGUCAGUGUCAGCUGAUUGGGUGGUAGCCGAGUUUUUGGCCGCCUGUGAUUGGCUGUCCCAGAGACUGCAGUCGUGUCCGACAGCUCGAGAACUGUGAUCACAUGACUUCUAGAGCGCCAAAGGCGGAAGGCGUAUGCGCGCUUGAAGCACCCUGCAGACUUGGUUCGGAGAGGCCACUGGAGACGGUGGGGAGAUCGGCCGAUUCGGCGCUUAUUUUUGUCAUUAAUAGUCGUGGUUCUUGGGUUUACCACCUGACGGGGUCAGCAAAACCUGCUUCCUAAUAUAGUCCUUACGGAACUCAUUUGUGCGAGGUGCCACACCCCCUUCUUUCCUUCCUUCGAGGCUUGGACGAGAUCGUAUCUGACGCUCGCAUAGUGCCCACGCCCACCCCUGGCCUUCUCGGUUUUGUUUUGCUAGUGCGUAUGAGGUAGAUGCGUCACAAGUCGCUCCAACCCUCCUCUGGAACAGUCGAGAAGUGUAUUGCUUGCCAAUAGAAGCGAAAAGACGAGUCCCAGGAAGCAGCCUUGAAGAAGAAGAAGACACGAUCGCCGGGACAAGAGCUUUAUUAGCCUGACGUUUCGGAUUCCUGCUCGAAUCCAUCAUCAGAGACAUAAGCAGAUAAGGGUGGUUCAUGCACAUGUGGCUGCAGUAUUUAUAGGAUGCCGUAGCCAUGCCACCGCAUACCUAUGAAUGUUCACGGCUCCCUCCCCUUCAUUAGGGAUCGUUGCACGUGGCGUGAUGGUCGAUAUUCGCGUCGUUAAUUGCUGCGAUUUCAUCACGUGCGUUGGAUGUUGGUGUGAUGAUUGCUCGACCAUCUGACGCGCUGACCCGGGUGUUGGGAAGAGUGUUCAUCAGGGCGCUCCCCGCGUGGCCAAUUUCUCCGCCUAGACGAAGUCUCAGCACGCUGUAUUGAAUGGGAAGAUCAUUGCACUUGUUAAUAGACUGGGGGCCAGUGAACCAUGACUCAAGCAGCUCCCGGCUCACGAGGUUGUCACCUUUUGCGAGAAUUUCGGCCUCGUCAAAUUUGAAUGUGUGGCCGGAACCCGUCGAAUGAGCCGCAACUUGAGAGCUGGCGUCAUUUCUCCGCACUGCUGCAGCGUGUUCGGCCAUUCGCGUUCGGAGCUGUCUUCCGGUUUCUCCGACGUAGUUGCUUUGUCCGCAACUGCACCAGAUCCGUAUGCGGUGGCAUGGCUACGGCAUCCUAUAAAUACUGCAGCCACAUGUGCAUGAACCACCCUUAUCUGCUUAUGUCUCUGAUGAUGGAUUCGAGCAGGAAUCCGAAACGUCAGGCUAAUAAAGCUCUUGUCCCGGCGAUCGUGUCUUCUUCUUCUUCAAGUGUAUUGCUUGUUGUGGAGAAACCAUCGGACAUUGUUGUAUUUCUUUAAACUAGCGAAAUUCCUAUGUUUGCCCUUUUUGUAGAAGACGGACCGGUAAGGUACUGUUUUCAAUCAUUCAUAAACAGGACACUGCCAUCGCACAUAUGUACAGUGAGCGACCGAUCUCAUGAAAUGUUGGCUGAAAUUCUGAAAUGCGUUUUCGAUCAAGAAGGAUUACUUAGGCGCAGUUAUAAUGCUGAGUAUAUUGCGGCAUAAUCCUUUAAUAUUUCGGACUGGGCAGGAUGUCAGCUCUUUAAUGCACUGCUUUUAAAUCUGCCGUAGAAACCGUGUUUGAUAAGAAAUGACUACUUAAGUAGCAUACAUUUUUCCCAUUGAUUUUCGAUAGUCUUGCAAAUUCAGAUAUAUUUUAUAGAAACCACGAACAAAAAAACGCAUUCUUUGAGUCCUUUGAUAGAGAAUCACGUCAUCUUCAUACUUUAUGCUUGAAGGAGGGGUAUAAUUAGGUUUUGAAAAAGUUUCUAAUUAUGAGAUUUUUCAAGACCGUGCAAUGUCCAUUCAUACAACAUCGUACCUGUCUCUUUACCACUUCUCCUCAUGAAAUGUAGAACAUGGUCCGCAUCCAUUGCAAAAUAUUAUGGAACCUUUAUAGUAUCCUUUUAAAGGCAUAGAAGAGUAUGUGAUUUUAUUUAGGGGGAAACACAUGCACCUUGUACGCUGAAAUUACUAAACGCUAAUGCAACGGCUGAUCAGGCUCCAAAGUAUUCAGGAAUUAAAAAAACUUUUUUAAAACCUAAUGAUACUCCUUUUUCGAGUAUAAAAUAUGAAGACGAUAUAAUUCUCUAUCUAACGACUGAAGGAAAGCAUAGUUUUAUUCGGGGUUUCUAUAAAAUAUGUUCGAAUUUCCAAGACCAUCGAAAAUCAUUGUUAAAAGUGCCUGCUACUUAAGUAGUCGUUUUUUACCGACUACAGUUUCCACAGAAGAGUAAAAUGUGGAGCAUUCAAAAGCUGAAAUUUUGCCCAGUCUAAAAUAUAUUAGGACUAUAUCCAAUGAGAAUGAAUGUUUCAACCCAACCGGAGUAAACCUUCCCAAUCGAAACACAUUUCGGAAUUUCUGCCAACAUUUCAUGAGAUCGGUCACUCACAGUAUAAGUGACCGUCUAGGCCAAUUGAAGGGACACGUGUCGCCCUUCUAUUCAACAGAUCUGAAAACGUUUCCUAUGGCAGUAUCAGCAAACCAUGACCCUCGCAGACUGAAAUGCGCUGACCACUUAAGUAGAAUGCAUUUUUUUCCGUUGAUUUCCGAUGGUCUUUAAAAUUCAGAUAUAUUUCAUCGAAACCACGAACAAAAAUAUGCUUUCUUACAGUCAUCUGAUAGAGAAUCACGUCUUCUUUAUAUUUUAUACUCAAGGAAGGAGUAUAAUUAGGUUUUACAAAGUUUUCCAAUUCCCGAAUAAUUUGGAGCCUGGUCAGUCUUAGUGAUUCCAGUCUGCCGGGUGCAUGCGUUCCACACAAAGAAAAUCACGUAUUCUUCUAUGCGCUUAACAAGAUACCAUAUAGAGUCCAUAAGAUUUUGCAGUGGAUGCGGACCAUGUACAUUUCAUGAAGAGCAGUGGGAAAAGGACAGGUACGAUGCUAUAUGAAUGGACAUUACACAGUCUUAAAAAAUUUCAUAAUUAGGAACUUUUUUGAAACCUAUUUAUACUCCUUCUUCGAGUAUAAAAUACAACAAUGACGUGAUCCUAUCAAUUGACUGAAAGAAAGCAUAUUUUUGUUCGUGGUUUCUAUGAAAUAUAUCUGAAUUUGCAAGACUAUUGAAAAGCAAUGGGGAAAAUGCAUGUCACUUAAGUAGUCAUUUUUGGCCGAGUACGGUUCCUACAGGAGAUUGAAAAGCAGUGCAUUCGAAAGCUGACAUCUUGCCGAGUCCGAACUAUCAUAGGAUUAUGCCACAAGAUAAUCAGUAUUACAACUGCGCCUAAGUAAUCCUUCUCGAUCGAAAACGCAUUUCUGAAUUUUAGCCAACACUUCAUGAGAUUGGUCACGCACGGUAGGUCGGUUGCUUGGGCUGAUAAGGUAUGCCCUGAGAGCUGGGAAACAUGGACUGAAGUCUCUAAUGACUUGCGAUUCCUUUUAUGGAUAACCAAAGUGCUAGGUUGGUACGCGGCCACGCCAUGAAGUUCUGCUACUGGCGCAAAAGCUCACCUACAGUUUUCAGACGCAAAAGCCCAUCUGCAGUGAAUGACCGAUCUCGUGAAAUGUUAACCGAAAAUCUGACAUGAGUCUUCGAUUAGGAAGGAUUACCUAGGUGGGGUUGUAAUAUUGACUGCCAUGCCACAUGAUCCUAUGAUAUUUCGGACACGCUAGACUGUUGGCUUUUUAAUACACUUCUUUCCGACCUCCUGUAAAAACUGUACUCCUUAGAGAAUAACUACUUAAGCGGUAUGUACUUUCACGUUGAUUUUCGACGGAUUUAUUAAUUCAAGCAUAUUUAAUGAAAAAAUGCAGAAAAAAUAUGCUUUCUUUUACUCAUUUGGUAGCAAAUUCCGUUUUAACAAAGUUUAUCAACCCCCGAAUAAUGUUUAACUCGAUCUGCCGUUGCAUUUCCGCUGAGGGUUUACAGUCCACAUUCAUUCAUACCGUUAAGAAAAUAUCUUUUUGAGCUCAUAAAAUAUCAUGGCGGGUGGGGACUAUGCUGCGGCCAUUAUUAAACAAGUGGUCAAAUGGACGUUGUACGGUUUUGGAAAAUCUCAUAAUUAGAGGCUUUUUAAAACCAAAAGCUGCCCCCUUCUUUGAGUACGAAAUUCGAAGGAGACGUAAUUUGCCACCAAAUAAGCACAAGAAAGACUAUUUUUGCGCGCGUCUCCUGCACAAUAUUUUCAGAUGUGUAAGGAUGUCGAAAAUCGGCAGAGAGAAGGCAUACUACUUAAGUUGCCAUUACCCCCACCUCUCUCCCGGUGUUUUAAGACAAACCUUAAUCGAUUUCUCUUAUCAGUAACACGUUUUUGAUUCUAACCCGUACUGGCCCGAGGAGAAUUCAUCGAAAGCUACGUAUGCUCGCCACCUCGACUUCUGAUUACUGCUAUAGGAAUUUUCGCAACUCUAGAACAGUCUGUUGUUUUUUUUAUUGGGUGCGGUUCUUGAAGGUGGCCGGAAAGAGGUGCGUUCAAAAAUUAGUACUCUGGCUCGUCUGAAACAUCACGGGAUUAUGCCACAAGGUAAUCAGUACUACGCCGAGGCAAUCCUUCCUAAUCGAUGUCACAAUGCCGAAUUUCGACUAACGUUUCAUGACUGUAACACGCGACUACCGUUACAGUAGGUGGGCUAACUCAUGAAAUGUCAACCGAAAUUCCGAAAUGCGCCUUCGUUUUGAGAAGAUUAAUUAAGUAGGAUUGUAAAACUAACCCGUCUGCAGUAUAAUUCUAUAAUAAUUCAGUUACCUCAGGAUGCCGGCUUUCGAAAGAAUUUCCUUCCAGCUGCAUGCAUAAACUAUACUCUGUAAAAAUGACUACUUAAGUAGCCUGCAUUUUUUCUUUAAUUGUCGAUGCCCCUAAAAGUCCAAUUAUAUUUCAUAGAAAAAAUACAUAAAAAUAUUCAUUUCCGCUCAUUCGGCAGAAAAUUACGCCAUCUUCCAAUUAGAUACUUGAAGGAAGGGUAUUAUUCGGUUCUCAAAAACUUAUCCAAUUCUCGAAUAAUUUUGAGUCCGUUCUGCCCUUCACGCUUGCAUUCACGGUUUCAAAACUACAAGCCGUGUAUUUUCCGCGUACGGAAAACUACACAGUUCUCUACGGUAUUCAGAGGAGACCAUAUGGGAUUCAUAAGAUUUAGCAUUUGAUUGGAUCCCUGUCGUUAAGUUUACAAACCACGUUGGUAAAUGCAGAGACAUGACGUUUUAUGAAUGGCCAUUUCACGGUACUAAAGUCUCACGAUUAGAGACUUUUUUAGCAUCGAAUUAUGCCACUCCUUCGAGUAUAAAAUUGAGAGAAGGUGUAGUUUUCUACCGAAAGAGUGGAAGAAUGAAUAAUUUCUUGUUUUCUAGGAAAUAUGAUAAGACUUUAAGGGCAUCGAAAAUCAAUGAGAAAAAUAAAUGCUACUUAAGUAGUCAUUUUCCACAGAAUAUAGUUUAUGCAUGCAGCCGGAAGGAAGUUCAUUCGAAAGUCGGCAUCCUGAGGCAACUGAAAUAUUAUAAGUUCAGCGAAUAUUCCCAUGGUGCAAUUGAAAAGUCAAAUUGGCGAACACGUGUUUUCAGUAACUCUUCAUCAGGCCAAAACGGUUACAAUGAAGUUUAAGUUAUGCGAGUUACAUGACUUAUAAAUGAUUCGGGACAAUUAACAUCGAUCGUUCCCACUCCACUCGCAUGACGAGGCGUGCUAUGGCGUGGUCGGCGUGUCGUGGUAAUUGGGUUCGGGGGGCGAGGAGGAGGGGGGGCAUAGGCUGUGAGUGCGUCGUGUACCUUGUGCACCCACCCUGGCAUCAGGAGGUUGGAGCGACGUUGUGGUCGGCGUCGGCCACGGAAGACAGAGCGCCUGUGUCAGAGUCUUCUGACAGCAUAGCACUGGAUUGGCUAGCCGUAUAGCCACUGCCUCAGCUGUAGCUAGCACCCGUUGGCGGAGGCCUUUGGAGAAGCCUGCUGGUGUCCGGUAGACAAUCUGAAAGGCUUCUUUGGCAUCGACUCGGUGAUUCGUAUCGACAAGAUGUGCGAGAAUAGAACUCGAGAUCGAUUUCUUCUCACCUUUGCCUAGCCAGGCCGGUAUGUGUUCACGUACUCUCUUUUCCAAACGCCUCGUUGUACGGCCGAUGUAGCCCGCUCCACAGGAGCAAGUGAAUGAAUAAAUACACAUUGAUGUGGCCUGCAACGGGAGUUGGUCUUUACCUCCCAAGCGUAGGAGGGGAGAGUUAGUGAAACACACACGUAAGUUCGCCGCGGGGAAAGCGUUAGUGAUCGCUGUCUUCAGACGUCUUUUUACCAGUUGACUUGCUGCGUCUCCUUGAAAAGGCAAUCGUAUAAAUAAGUCCUUCUUUUCUGCAGUUGCCUUGGUAGGUUUUGCAGUGCGCUCCCCUAUAUUUCGAAGGAUAAAUCUUUCUGGAUAUCCGUUUUCGUGGAGUGUAUCCCGCAGCUGCUGCAGUUCUGCCUCCACAGUCUCAGGAGAGCAGAUACGUCGCACUCUAGCUGCCAAUCCCUGGACUAGAUUUCGUUUGAUGUUGAGGGGAACAAAACUGUGAAAGUUAAUGUAUUGUCCCCUCCAGGUUUUCUUUCGGAAUACUCUACGUUGGAUAGACCCAUCCUCUUGUCUGUGCAGAAGAACGUCGAGGAACGCGAUUUCAUUGUUUGCCUCAAACUCUGCAGAGAACGUUAGCGAGGGGUGUGAAUUGUUGAAUUUUUGAAUCAGGACGUCUGUGUCGGUGGUAACAUCCGUCAGGCAGAAAAUAUCGUCUACGUACCGACCGUAGAAGCUGAGGUCAUUAAUGGUGUCUUGUAAACUUGUCAUCUCGACUUUGCCCAUGAAGACAUUUGCGAGGAAUGGGCCGAGCGGUGAGCCCAUCGCUACGCCGUCUAUUUGCCUGUACAAUUGACCAUUGAAAUAUUAUAGACUGACUAGUUUUACAACCCUACUUAAUUAAUCUUUUCGAAACGAAAACGCAAUUCGGCAUUUCAGUGGACACUUCAUGAGUUAGCCUGCCUACUGUAGGUGGAGGCCGUUCCACUAUCGGCCACGUGUGUGUGUGUGUGGACGCGUCAGGGGGGCCGCAACCACGCCAAAGUCUCCCCGGCACGGGCUCUCACCUCACGGCCGUGGAGCGGGUAAUCGGACGUGUCAGCGCCUAACGCCUGCGUCAUCCACGCGCCCGCACGCACGCACGCACUCCGCCGCGUGACUCAGUGCAUGCGCACAUGCCGGCCACGUCGACGCCACCCCCCCCCCCGCGCACAGGCCUUUGCCACGACAAUCUAGGCUGAUCCCAACGCCGGCAGCUUGCACUUUCUCGUCUCCCAGGCCAGCGAUUCCAAGCCUCCUUUAUAUUUAGCCUGUGUCCUUACCGGAACAAGAAAAAUCAAACGCUCGCCUGUCCGCUUCGGUUGCCGCUUACAGCCAGUCGGUUCGACGAAAGCCACCCUCUCCUUAUGCUCCCGCAAACAACGAUAUUUUGUUGACGCACGUAUGGUAGGCUCGCUGGAAAACUAGCAGGAUUUUGAAAAGUCAAUUUGGCAAACAGGUGUUUUCGGUAACUCGCCAUCAGGCCAAAACAGUUACAGGGCUUAUAAGUGAUUCAGGGGCUAUUAACACCCAUCGUUCCCACGCCACUCGCAUGGCGAGGUCGGCGUGUCGUGAUCAUUGGGUCAGUGGGGCGAGGGGGACAUAGGCUGUGAGUAAUGUUUGUACGUCGGGUACGUUGUGUAAACACCACUGCCAUCAGGAGUUUGGGGUUGGCGUUGGCCACGGAAGACAGAGCGCCUGUGUCAGAGUCUUCUGACAGCAUAGCACUGGAGUGGCUAGCCGUAUAGCCACUGCCUCGGCUGUAGCCAGCACCCGUUGGCGUAGGCCUCUGGAGAAGCUUGUUGGUGUCAGGUAGACAACCUGAAAGGUUUCUUUGGAAUCGACUCGGUGAUUCGUAUCGACAAGAUGUGCGAGAAUAGAACUCGAAAUCGAUUUCUUUUCACCUCUGCCUAGCCAGUAUUUUGUCAGCCUGUUUUUUUUACUGCUUUCGUUAUGAUAUAGAGAAGUGGGGAACUCGCGCAGCUAGACGUUGGCUGGGCCUUAUAAAUAGUUGGUGUGUUUUCGGGUCCAAGUGCCCUUCGAUCUUCUGCCACUACAAAAUCAACGUUGGCUCUGACAUCUGACCGCGUUCUCAGCAAGUUUAGCUAACCUUCGGGGGCCCCAACCAACUGUGUUAACGCCGAGUAACCGGUUGGGCUGAGUCGCUGCGAAACGGUAAACGGAGUUCACAUCCCAGUCGACAACUUCAUCUAAGCAUAGGUGAUCCUAAGAGUAUACACCCUGAGGUAGGCUUUCAAUAUAGCUGCAGGGAGGUUGCCCUAUACCCGUCCUUGCUAGCCCGCUUAAAUCCGUGUUUGCACACCGACACGCAGGAGAACCGGCUUUUGAUUCGUUUCUGACUCAGCACGACUGGCUAGCCGACUCGACGUAUUCCGAAGUUGCUUCAUUUACCAUCCCACGACAGCACAAAUUAAGCUGUUGUCAGCAAAGAAAGUUGUAGAAGCCCAGGUUUACAUCUGAUUCGAGACGAUGGCGUCUCACGGUAGUGGCGUUCAGCGAUCUAUUCUGGUUGAAGGAUAGAAUACGGGAUCUGCCAGCAAGGUUAACUGCAAAACAGGCCGGUUUGCCAAAAGAAAAAGAACAAGGCAAAGGCGACAAAGCAUGCAGUAUUUACUGACGUCAUCAAUUUCGAGACCUCUCAUUCAGCUGUGUACGGUCAUUGCGUAGUUAUAUGACAAGACAGACUGCUCAAUCAACGAUCGACCUAGCGAGAUAAAACGUGAUAGGUAAUCUGAAACAUGGGUCUAGUAUGCGGGUGCAUAUGGCGAGGGGGGGAGGGGGAGAGAAGUCAUCCAAGUAUGAGAGUUAGGACUACAGUGAGAACUUGUCCGGCGUGCUUUAGAGUGCAACGUGCGGGGAGGGGGGGGGGGCGAAAUGAGAGGGCGUACAUGAGAACAGGGUUUCGUCCACAAUCCAUCCUUACCAUGGUAGUGCCAGGUUUAUCAUGUGGUCCAACUGCUUACAGUGUUCUGGUUUCCUCCUCCGCAUUGCAGCGGCCUCUGCAAAGCGCAAGAUACGCUUGGUCGUCGCCCGAAACAGGACCUUGGAUGCAACCAUUGGGUCCACCGUAUGGCCCGUAUCCACUAGGUGCUUUGUGAUUGAGCUCCUGGGUACCUUAUUUUCCGCCUUUAGCAGCCACUUCGGCAUGUGUUCAGCUGACCGAGCUGCCAACUGCCUUUGCGUACGCUCAAUGUACUUGCAUCCGCAACUACAUGUAAGCUCAUAAAUACAGUUUGAUGUGGCGUGUCAUAUAACUAUGCAAUGACCGUACGCAGCUGAAUGAGAGGUCUCGAAAUUUAUGGCGUCAGUAAAUACUGCAUGCCUUGUCGCCUUUGCCUUGUUCAAAUUUAUUCCGGGAAAACAUUGCUUCAAAAGAAAAAGACGAGUUCACGGGGAGAGGUUUAUUUUCGGUCUGGUGUUUGGAGUAGCGGUUUUGGCUGUUCAUCUGCGGAGACUGGCGAUUCCUGUGCACAGCUCAUUUUUCCUGAUGCUAAUUGUGGGGGGUGGGGGAGAGGUGGAAUGAAUCGGACCCCCCAGUUUCACUAUGACCCAUGUCAUCCCCGUCCUCGUUGGCCUCGGUGAUAAUUAGCGGUCCCGAUUAUUUCACGCCCUCAUUAUCUCCUGUCAAUUAAGUCCAUAAAAUCAUAUAGAGGAGAGGGAGGUUUGUCUGGCGGUUAAGUCAACAGUCGGUGGAUAUCCAGGCUCCUUGCACUAAUCUUGGUUGGCAUGUGAUCGUCGUCUCGGGUUGCAGUCUCAAAGGCGUCAUAAUAGAAGAUGUGUCCUGCCUGCACAGCACAGACCCGACUUUGGGUCAAAUCGUUGCAUGGCCAUUUGAUGCUAAUGCGUCUGCCAGCUUCGACCGGUUUCUUCGAAGUAAUUGAAGAUGGGCAUCCGGCAUAACUAUCCGAGACGUCAGACCGUAAAUAAACCUCCCAACGAACGCCUCCCCCUGUUCCCUUGACAUGCCACCCGGGCAUCGUAGUCGCGAACCAGCAGGUAGCAAUGCAGACCGGAUGCGGAGAAAAACGGCCCCUCUGCAAUAUGUUGCAAUGCUGAUAGAAGCGAACAGGCGAGUUCCAGGUAGCAGUUGAGAAGACGAAGAUGUGAUCACUGGAACAAGAAAUUUAUUGGCCGAGUCGUUAAUUGCCGUGAUUUCGUCAUCCGUGGUGGAUGCUGGUGUGAUGAUUGCUCGGCAAGUAGGCUCACUGUCACUGGGAUAAUUGCUCGUCCGCGCCCUUCCCACGUGACUGAUUCCCCUGCCAGGGAAAAUCUUAGCACGGAAUAUGGUAUCGGGAGGUCAUUGAGGAAGUCCGUGGGCCUAGGACAAGUUUGGUUCCACACUCGCCAACCCGAAAUUUUGACGGACGUCCAGAUCGUAAGACAUCGAUUCGCGCUUGUCGUCCAUGUCGUCAGCGACAUAUUCAGAAGACGGAGAAGCGAUCACUGGGGUAAGAAAUUUAUUAGCCCGACGUUUCGAAUUCUUACUCGAAUUUAUCAUCAGAGACAGUCGCAGAUAAAGGUGAUGGUGGCACCAGAAGUGUAGUAUUUAUAGCACGUUGCUGCCGCGCACUGCAAUUAACAGUUUUUGCAAUCACCGCCGGGGUCGGAAUUGGUGCGAUGAUUGCCUGUCAGUCUGCGUCCGAGUCGUAAAUGGCCGUGAUUUCGUCAUCCGUGAUGGAUGCUGGUGCGACGACUGCUCUACAAAUUGGCUCAGUGUCACUGGGAUACUUGCUCGCCCGCGCCCUCCGAACGUGACUGAUUACCUUGCCCAGGGAAUCACUCCACUCCACUCACUCCACUUGGAGUUGGGGUUGUACACAGGCCGAAAGCAACUAUUAGGCGUCAAGUCAUGAGGCCGAAAGACCCACUGCCACGGCAGGAAACGUCUGGCGUCGUUUACCGGAUCUGGUGCAGUCGCGGACAAAACAAGUAGGUCGGAGAAACUGGGAGAUUACACCGUACGCGAAUUGCCGAGCACUCAGCAGCAAUGAGGCGGGGCGACGCUAGCUCUCAGGUGGCGGCUCAUUCGACGGGACCUGGCCACAUUUUCAAGUUUCAAGAGGCCGAAAUCCUCGCAAGAGGUGACAACCGCGUGAGCCGCGAGCUGCUCGAUUCAUGGUUCUCAGGCCCGUAAUCCAUCAACAAGCACAAUGACCUCCCGGUACCCUAUAGCGUACUGCGAUUUUCCCUGGGCAGGGGAAUCAGUCACGUGCGGAGGGCGCGGGCGAGCAAUUAUCCCAGUGACACUAAGCCAAUUCGCCGAGCAAUCGUCACACCAGCAACCAGCACGGAUGACAAAAUCACGGCCAUUAACGACUCGAACGCCGACUGACAAGUCAUCAUCGCAUCAAUUACGACCCCAGCGGUGAUUGCGAGAGCUGUUAAUUACAGCGCGCAUAUGGUCCCACGGCAGCCACGUGCUAUAAAUACUGCACUCCUUGUGCCACCAUUACCCUUACCUGCGACUGUCUCUAAUGAUGGAUUCGAGUGAGAAUCCGAAACGUCAGACGAAUAAAUUUUUUUGUUCCAGUGAUCACAUCUUCGUCUUCUGAAUAUGUCGCAAUGUCCCCUGACGACAUGGACGGCAAGCGCGAAUCGAUGUCUUACGAUCUGGACGUCCGUCAAAAGUUUGAGUUGGCGAUUGUGGAACCAAACUUGUCCUAGGCCCACGGACUUCCGUAAACUUCCCCAAUCUCUACUGGUGCUACGGUGUUUGUGGCGCCGAUAAGUCCAAACCUCUGUCAGUGCGUCUGGCGGAAGAAACACAGGCCAGUCCCCUCUGAGAGAACUAAGUAGGCUUCGCAUACUAGAACUCCUUCUGCACUUGAAACGCGGAACCCGUCUCACUGAGAUAUGGUCGUCGAACGCUGAGGAACGUCCCAAAUCCCGACACUGACAUGUCUGGUCGACACAACCGCCUUGCAGGGGGGUCAGGCUAAAACUUUACUUGUGUGUCGGUUGCCAGUGCCCCUGAAUAUUGCACUUGCGCGUCUUCCGGGUUUUUUACGUGUACUUGGUACGCCUGACCCUUGCGUUGUUACGGUGUACGUGUGACCUUACCGUUGCCGGAUUUCGGGAUCCCAAGGCUGUGGGUCAUCAGUUAGUGCUGCCCCAAUUGCGGACUGUACACCUCAGGCCUCCAUCCGAAUCCGUUAAUCAUUCCGGUCGCAACGGACAGAACAACACUCAAUGAUCAGAGAAGCCUAGCACGAACCCCAGGUCAUCCAGACCUGGUUCUGACGACAAAUAAGUCAUAAAUGGCCAUUCCAGUGUUACUGUCGUUGUCGGUGAAAACUGCUCAGACGAAUGUUUGCAGUCGUUCGCCUCAAUCGUCACUGCCUGUAUUGCGACGUGCCGGACCCCUUAUCGUUUCGUUCUUCUCAUGGAUUUCGACCUUCCCCCGGCACUCCCUACAGUCUUUCAUGCUGUACGGUGGCAUGCCAUCGUUCAGGUCAGGUCACCUAUAACUACAUGAGAAGUGUUCAAAUCCCACGUGAAGGACAGAAGGUUCUUUCGUAAACCACUGGUAGACCAGACUCCACGACAUGCCGACAGACAACCUCCCGGUCGUGGUCCUGACGGUCUGUUUUGCAGAGCUGCAGCGUGCAAUGCCAAUGGACAUAAAAAAGUAGGCUCCCCUCAACAAGGUGAUAUUUCCGGGUCUGUGAUCUAAGAUACCUGUCCAGACCAAGGUAAACGACGAGAAUCUUAAGCUGGCAGAGAGCUUCCGAUCGACUUCUUGGUAAAACGGAGUACAUACAGGUGAGUCGAUCAUAGAGCUGGUCAGGCCAACUUUGUCGAAACCCACGGAGUUCGGGGGGAGGAUAAAUCAGAAGACGAGUUUUAGAGUACACGAAGACUUCGGUAUGCAUUUUAGAUAAGGCCCCGUACCCAGGACACACCCAUUGUCUGGAAACACUGGACCUAUGGGGCCUGCAGUCGAAGCCGUUUUCCAGCCCCGCGUCUCAAGCGACAGACUGUACGGUCGGCUAGGAAGACAUAUCAACUACCUCCUUUUACCUGCCGACCGAGACGGCUCGAACGCAUACUUAGUCUGCACAAAGGCAAGUUUGUUGGCGACGGCACGGUCGGCGAUGAAAUCGAGGUGGCCAGUUUAACAGGUAGAGAACAGACCUGGUCCUUCGGCCUGCUGUGCCAACCGACUUAUCCACACUCUAGUCUACCGCAACGGAGGAACGUCAUUUAUGAUGCGGUAGACUCGUGAAUGAGUUAGCUGAGGGGAUUAGUAUGGAUGUCGUUGCGCUCAAGUACUUCUGAGUUUCGAAUCUAACUCCCACGGAGGCUUCCAUGGGCCUUAUGGCAGCUGCAGCGACCUUGGUUGGGAGUCAGUAGGUCGAAACCACCUGUUCAACUCGUGUGCCGGACUGAGAUCAUUAUGCAGCUUAAAUAUUUUUGCAUUUACUUCGGCCCCCAUAGUUUGGUGCAUUAUCUGCCAUUGAGUGUUAAUUUCUCCAUACCGCCAUAAUUCACAGGAGUCCGAGUCUUCCUGGGUCCCAACGUUAACAGACAUGCGGUCCUGGCUGGAGCUUUUCUGCCACCUCUCCGAGUCAUGCAACAACUUCUGCCCAGCCUGCCCUUCUCCUUCUACUGCUCCUCCUUGCUGUUGGCCUACUCGUCCUCUCGGCUGUCGACUGUCCAUAGUGCCAGGGCGGAACCGGUGGUAGUCAAACUUGUUGACUUCGCGCACUUUCGGUCAAAACUCGAGUCGCUCGACACCUCCGGAUUUUCGCACGGGUUGGACACGCUCGUCGGAAUGUUUCUUAAGGCCUCGUCUGACUCAUGCCAACUGCCCGACCCAAGUCCCCUAUCUAUCCUCUAG